GGCGUAUAUCUCGAUUCUAGUGUUAUACCUUAUAAGCCAGUUUUGCCAGUGACAUACUUGAUUUCUGUGAUCAUGAGUAACCUGGAAGUUGAAACAGCUGAUCUUUUAGACAGUGUGCCAGUUUUGCCUAUACUUGUUGCUGUUGGUUCUACAGUAGUCCUAGCGACAGUGAUAGCGAAUUGUCUAUGGGGCAAGAAGAAGUCCAAAAGCAAGAACCCGGUGACCCUUGUGGAUCCCAAUGUGAAAUACGCCCUGCCACUCAUAGAGCGAGAGGAGAUCAGCCAUGACACAAGACGGUUCCGGUUUGGAUUGCCGAGCAAAGAUCAUGUAUUAGGCUUGCCCAUAGGACAGCACAUCCACUUGUCUGUGAAGCUGGCUGAUGAUCUGGUCAUCAGAGCAUAUACCCCAGUGUCCAGUGAUGAAGAAAAAGGAUAUGUGGAUCUGGUUAUUAAGGUGUACUUCAAAAAUGUGCACCCGAAAUUCCCCGAUGGUGGCAAGAUGUCCCAACACUUGGAAAGCCUGAAGCUCGGAGACACCAUUGAUGUCCGGGGACCUUCUGGGCGUCUGCAGUACGUCGGCAAUGGCCAGUUCCUCAUCAAGAAACUAAGGAAAGACCCACCUACCAAAGUGGUGGUUAACAAGUUGAAUAUGAUUGCUGGUGGAACCGGUAUCACUCCCAUGCUGCAGCUAAUCCGCCACAUCUGCAGCGACACUAACGACCACACGGAACUCAGGCUGUUGUUCGCCAACCAGACUGAGCAGGACAUCCUGUUGAAGAAUGAGCUCGAGAACUACGCCAACAACCACCCUAACCAGUUCAAGCUGUGGUACACCAUCGAUAGAGCUGAGCCAGGGUGGAAGUACAGCACAGGCUUCAUUAACGAUGAGAUGAUAGGCGCGCACAUGUUCCCCGCGGGCGACGACACGCUGGUGCUGAUGUGCGGCCCGCCGCCCAUGAUCAACUUCGCCUGCACGCCGGCGCUGGAGAAGCUCGGCUUCAAGGAUGACCUGCGCUUCGCCUAUUAA